GAUUAAAAUCCCUCCUAUGAUCCAAAACAAACGUUGAUAAGAAAAAUUUAAUAAUAAAAAUGUGCUUGCUCUAAAUAAAAAUAAGUGAAAUUAUUUUUCUUAGUGAACAAUGUCUCGUUAUAAAUCAGAUCCGGAUAUAUCGGAAUACGAGUCCCCGAGGUGUUGCACAAAAGUUCUACAUUACACUUGGAAAACAAUAACGUGCUUAUUUUCGCACGUGUUUCUAAUAUCACUGGUAGUGUCAUAUUGUGUUUUGGGGGCGUUUACUUUUGAGGCGUUGGAAGUAAAAAAUGAAAAACAGAUUAAAGAAGGAAUUCCACUGAUUCGAGAAAAUGUCACCAGACAUCUGUGGAACUUCACUCAGGAGAUGAAAGCUCUAGACCAAAUAAACUUCACGAUCGGAGCUAUCCAAUAUUUGAAAGAUUUUGAAAAUUCCUUGCUAGACAAAAUGAACAAGGAGGGCUGGAACGGCGAAGAGGAUCCGAAGAAAGUUCAAUGGACGCGUACUGGAGCAUUAUUUUAUUCCAUCAUAGUUAUUACAACAAUUGGCUAUGGACACAUCUCGCCGAAAACGUCGUGGGGAAAGGUCGUUACCAUAUAUCAACGCCAUCUUGGGAAUUCCAUUGAUGCUUCUCUGUUUAUCCAAUAUCGGUGAUGUCAUGGCCAGCUCUUUUAGGUUUCUGUAUUGGAGAGUGUGCUGUUAUAUGUGUCAGAAAAAACCGAAAAGAUUGAAGAGAGGGAAAUCCGUCCGUUCAGAAAGUAGGGGACCGCCAAGACCAAGAUAUGGCUCUUUUAGAGAUAGAAGGUACACCAAAGGACCAAGGCCGUUUGAAAAACGAUUUGGAGAACUAGGAGGACCUCAUUCUCAUUCGGAUACUGAGUUAAGAUAUUUAGAUGCAGUUUCACCUAGAAACCUGACCUUACCUCGUACUCGAACAAGCAGAUUCCAGAGAAAUGAUGACAAGGAGAGAAAAGUCAGCAGAACAUCUACAGUAUCUAGUCCCAAUCCACAAAAUCACGCUCCUCCUUCUACCCGUGGGUAUUCUUUAGACAGAAAGAGACCUGCGAGAGACGUAGUUAUUGAAAUGGAUCCUAUGCUACUUGACAACACUCCAAUUUUAUUCAAUAAGUAUGUUGUAGGUAAAGACGGUGGGUUUACCAGGAUGAUACCAGGUAAAGGUAUAACACCACGUCAAAUGGAAUCAGGAAAAAGAGCUCUUUCUAUGCCACCGGCAAGACGGUCUAGAAGUAUGACUAGGACACGAAAAUAUUUAGAACCUCCAGGAGUCUCGUCAAGUGAGGAAGAAGAUUUAGACUCUCUUAAGGACGAACGAGCGUCACCACGAUCAAGACCAAGAAAAGCCACGCCUUUAAGAAGAACCGGGUCUCCUAAUCGUAGUGGUCGAGCUGGACGGUCACGUUCACCAAACCCACCAAUGAGUCCAAGUCCAAGAAUGAUGACACCCUUAGGUUAUGGUCUACGAACUCAACGAUACGUAGAUGACGAUUCCGACAUAGACUUCUAUUAUAGCGACGAUCCAUAUGACACAGGAAAGCCAAGAAUACGUCCAGUACCCAUUUGGCUUUGUGUUUUUCUAGUAGUCAGCUACAUUCUCGCUGGAGCGUAUUUGUUCAUGACGUGGGAGGGCUGGGAGUAUCUGGAUUCUGCAUACUUUUGUUUUAUAACCUUAACUACCAUUGGAUUUGGCGAUUUGGUUCCAGCUAAAGAAGUUAGCCGUGAUAAUGACAGAGCUGCUAUAAGUAUAGCUCUCUGUUCGUUGUAUUUAUUGUUUGGCAUUUCUUUAUUGGCUAUGAGUUUUAACUUAGUACAAGAGGAGGUUAUUUCUAAUGUUAAAAGUGUUGCCAAAAGUUUAGGUAUUAUAAAAAGCGACUCUGAUGAUGAAAAUGAAGAUGAAUAAAUAUCAACCAAAUAAAGUAUAUAAUAAAUGUUA